AUGGCUGAUACAAUAUUAAAAUUAAGUCGUGGUCUUAUUAAAAUUGAUACAAAUAAUGAUUUUUUAUCCGAUCAAAUUCAUUAUCAAAUAACAUUUACUAUAUUAAUUAUAUCUGCAGUUGCAUCAACAACUCUUCAAUAUUAUGCUGAACCAAUUCAUUGUAUUCAACCAGCUCAAUUUACUGAAGGUUAUACAUCAUUUGCACGUACUUUAUGUUGGUUAAAUAAUACAUAUUUUUAUCCUCAAACUUAUACAAGAUUACCAAUGAAUAAAAAUGAACGUUUACAACAUACACUUCGUUAUUAUCAAUGGUUACCAUUUGUUUAUUUAAUUCAAGCUUUUUUCUUUUUAUUACCACAUUUAAUUUGGGUAGGUUUUUAUAAACGAAAUGGUUUAAAUCCAGGUUUAAUGGUUAAUCAAGGAAAAAAAUUUGAUGAUAAACCUGAAAUAAGUGGACGAAUUGCAAAAGAAAUUGAACGUUAUUUAAUGUGUAGACAAUUAGCACAAUGUAAAAAAAAAUUAUUAUUUCGUCAUAAUGUUAAUGAAAGUCUUGAUCAUGCUUCUACACCUCUUCUUUUACCAAAUAUUUCAUUUCGUGUUCGAUAUCAUACAUACUAUCUUGUUACACUUUAUCUUCUUAUUAAAUUACUUUAUAUUAUUAAUAUUAUUUUACAAGUACUUAUAUUAAAUGUUAUUUUAUCAACAGGAACAUAUGGAUUUUAUCAAUUUGGUUUUGAUACUAUGAAAUACGUAUUUCAUUCAUCAAUUCGCGAACGUAUAAGCGAAUUAUCACAUAAACAUCAACAAUUAUUUCCAUUUGUAACUCUAUGUGAUUUUCAUAUACGAGAAUUAGGUCAAGAUCAUUAUUAUACAAUUGAAUGUAUAUUAUUAAUAAAUAUAUUCUAUGAAAAAGCUUAUUUUGCUAUGUGGGUUUGGUUUAAUAUACUUUUUAUAAUAUCAAUUAUUUCAUUUAUUUAUUCAUUUUAUAAUUAUGUUCCAUUUUUUGCUCGUGAUCGUUUUAUUAAAAAAUGUAUUCGUUUAAUUCAAGCUAAAAAACAACACACAUUUUCACCUGCGACACCAAUGUCACCAAAUUCAAUAAAAAUUACAACAACAAAUGAUAGAGGAGAAUAUGAUAUGUUAAUUGAUGUUCAAGCUAGAGAACAGCAAACAUCUUCACCUGUUGUACCAAUAUCUCAAGAUUCAUUCAACAUUACAACAACAGAUGAUAGAAGAGAAAAUGAUAUAUUAAUGAAUGUUAAUCGUCGACAAGAUUUUGUUUAUUGGUUAGAACGUGAUGGAGUUUUUCUUCUUCAUUUACUCAAUUCACAUGCAGGUGAACCAUUAACACUUCAAUGUGUAGAAAAGUUAUUGAAUAUUUGGAUUAAUAAUUAUGCAGAAAAAUCAAAACUUGCUGAACGAUUAUUACGAAAUCAAUUUCAUUUCUCAUAA